CACCCUGGUUCCUGGCCCUGCCAGAGUUCUGGUUCCGGAAGGCCCUUACCGGUGCCUUGGGCCUAGCUCCCACCUGGGCGCAAGGCGGCGCUGAGGACAUGGGCAGGAGCGUCCAACCAUCUGUGGGGCAGCUGGAGAUCCGCAGAGGGAUAGUGGGCCUGGCCAUCGGCGCUGGGGCCAUCUACCUGUUCUACAAGGCCAUCAGGGCUGGCAUAAAAUGCCAGCCGCCCCUCUGCAGCAGCUCGCCCAUCUGCAUUGCCCGCCUGGCCAUGGAGCGCGAACGGCAGCGGAGGGACUCCGGUGAGCUCCGGAGGCUUCUCAACUCUCUGGAGUGCAAGCAGGAUGAGUUCACCAGGAGCAUGAUCCUGCACAGCAUCACGCGCUGUGUGUACUUGCUGGAGGUCGAGGCCUCUGCUUGUACUACUGACGACAUCAUGUUGGUGGGCUCUAGGCUGGAUGACAAGGACAACAGUGUCAGAAUCCAAGCUCUGAACACGCUUAAAGCUUUCUCUGGCAUCAGAAAAUUCAGGCUCAAAAUUCAGGAGCACUUCAUCAAGGUCCUGGAACUGAUAUCCACCACCUGGGACUCGGAGCUGCACAUCGCAGGCCUCAGGCUGCUCAACAACAUUCCGCUGCCUGACUUUGUGCACCCGCAGCUGCGCCGGGUGAUGCCUGCCUUGAUGGAGAUUCUUCAGUCGGACUGUAUCCUGGCACAGGUACAAGCCGUACGCCUGCUGAGCUCCCUGGCGCAGAAGAACGACUUUCUCUAUGAUAUUCUCAACUGCCAGGUGCACCCCAACUUCCUGAACCUGUUCCAGGCCACGCACCCCGGGAGCCUGCUCUUCGAGGUGCUGGUGUUUGCCGAGCGGCUGAGCGAGGGCCGCAACUCGCCGCACUACCGGGCCGUGAAGUGGCACUACAACGAGCAGUCCCUGCACGAGGCGCUCUUUGGCGACGAGUCCCGACUGGCUGACCGGCUGCUCGCCCUGGUCAUCCACCCCGAGGAGGAGGUUCAGAUCCAAGCCUGCAAGGUCAUCGUGAGCCUGCAGUGCCCCCAGGACGUGAUAGGGCGGCCCUCUGCCUGCCACUCCAGUCAUUCCUACUUUGAUAAGAUGGAAUAAAGUUAAGGAGAGCCAACAAAUGAGUGUGGGGGAGA